ACGAUCCAGCUUGACUGCUCGAGGCUUAUGUUUCUUCUCUGUUCCCGCGCGGCGACAGAGCCCUUUUCUAAGCUUAUCUCCAAACCUAUCCAUCAAGUAAAAACUGCACAGCCGUCCGCUCCACUCUUCCCACCACAGCCUCAUCCGCCAUGGCCGCCUCCUUCCUCCGCCCUCUCCUCCCUCCCAAACCAUUCCUCCUCACUCCCAAACCCCAAGUAAUCGUCCCCAUCACACCCACCACCGCCGUACGCUGCACCGCGGCGCCCAAACCGACGACCAUCACCACCCCAAACCCAAAGCCCACCCAGCAACAAGGAGAAGAACAGAGCAGCAUCCCCGACGAGCGAGAACCCGCUGAUCCGGAAGUCGAUGCCAACGCCAACCCGCACCGCAUCCCGGACGACGAGACCCCGCCCUCGGCGGCCGCGACCACCUCCUUCUCCGUGGUCCGCCGCGUGCCGUCGGCCAUCUCCACGGACGGGCGACUGCGCCGCACGGCGCUGACCCAGGAGGAGCCGCCCAACUUCGAGAUCGGGUGGAAGCGCACCAAGGAGCUGCCCCCGCUGGAGAAGCCCAAGGGGUGGGUCGUCGCCGACUUCAUGGAGAAGCUCGAGGGGCUGAUGCAGCGCGGGCGGUACGGGUCGGGCGCGCUGCUGGGCACGGUGGCCGGCGUGGUGACGGAGCGCGCCCGGGAGGAGGCGGAGAUCCUCGUGGCCGAGGGCGGCGUGGACGAGCGCGUCGCCACGGAACUCUUUCGCGUGCUGCGGCUCGUGGAGAUGGACGUGGAGAUGGUCAAGGCCGCCGUCAAGGAGGACACCGUCAAGGAGCGCGUCGAGACGGCGCGCGCCCGAUGCCGCCAGGCCAUCCUCGUGGCCCUCUCGCUCUGACCGACCCCAUGGCCCCUGUACGCACGCUUGAUUAGGUGUAAGCAGUACAGUAAUUUAGUGCUGUGCUGACGCGUUAAUUUUGUUCCUGAAUCUUGAUUGGAGCAUUCUGAAGUCUGAAUGUUCUGCGUCAACAACAGAAUGUUCUGCGAGCUCUGCUUCCGGAGAGAACAAUCCUCGUGAGUCGUGAUCCGUUCUGUUCGCGCGAGAUUUGCUAGUCGAACCGGAAUAUACAGUACAGUGCAGUGCAGCCGCGAAAGGUUAAUUCUUAUACCGCAAGUAUAAGAAUUAACAUUCAGAUCACGGACUCUGGAUGAGUACUCUGUAUUCAUCAUAUUAUAAUUGCAGCUGAAUGGUUACUCUAUGUAUGAUUUC